UUAGCCUAUUCAUUCAGUGUUGAAGACAAUUCUGAACCCUGACAUAAAAAAACUGAUCCUAAUCGGCAGACACCCCCGGGGGGAGAAAAAAACCCCCAGAGCCAGCGAGCUGCAGAGCAAAGUGCGAGCGGAGAGGAUUAGGACAGAGCAACGGCGCGGAAGGCACCGAACACCGCAAACUAGAGCGAAAUAAAUGCAGUAGCAAUGUCCGAUCUGAAGAAAAAUGAAAUGGAAAUCAGGGACAAAGCUAUCUUGCACCAGCAGAGGCGUCUAAAGCAAGCCACGCAGUUUAUUCAUAAAGAUUCGGCAGAUUUGCUCCCUCUGGACGGUCUUAAAAGGUUGGGAACAUCAAAAGAUCUGCAACCUCACAACAUUGUUCAAAGACGGUUACUUGAGAGCAACAUCACCAAAUUACAUGGGGACCAGUUGGACAGAGGGGCUGUGACUCAAUCACCACUUGCUGAGGAGUCAAAGUCUCACAUGAACAAGGAUACUGCAUGUUUGAAGCAAAGGAACACACUCAGUGUUUUCUGCAAGUGCUGUGACCAAGAGAUCAAAGUCACUAUCAACACAGGCUGCCAACAGAACACAAUCUCUGCCAGUUGCUUGAACAGAAUAGGUUUAAAGAAAAUGUCUGCAGCAAAGGGUGAAGACUGUGAAGAUAACAGAUUCAAGCAUAGUUCAAAAACAAUGGAGCAGGUGGAGGUGUUAGAAAUUAUGUUGGGGAAAGAAAAAGUAGAAUGUUCAGCUCUGGUAGUAGAGAAUGAUGCUUGUGAGCUGUCCCUUGGUCUGCAGACACUGCUAUCUCUCAAAUGUGUGAUUGACUUGGACAGAGGAACACUGCUGCUGGGAAAGUCAGAAACUCAACUACCAUUUCUAGAUGAGUCACAGGAAGAGGAGAAAGAUGAAGAGGUGGAAAAAGAAUGAAAAAACAACACUAGAAUCUAGUGUUUUGAACAAAAAAAAGCUCAUAUGAAAGAUUGACAACAUGAGGUUUCUUGGUCUCUCUUUUUUCAACCCCUUGUGUCUGCUGUAAUCUUUGGCUUGUCUCACUGCAGCAGAAAUGCUAGCUGAGAUAGGGAAAGGACAGUUGUAUAAAUUGCCUCCUUUCCUGCCGUCAUCCUGUCAAAUCACCAAAAGAUUUGUCCAUGUCAGGUUUCAAAAUAGUAUUGGGAAUACAAGACUUGUUCAUUUUGUUGUCUGUUUUGUUGCUCUGAGCCUUGUGUACUGUGGCAUGAAAAAGUAACUUUUUUUGCUUCUUAUCAAAUAGCUUCAGCAAUUGGCAAUAAGAAAAAUAAACUAUAACAGUAAAUCACUGGAACAGCUAUUUCCUCUUAUGGCUGUUUUUGGUUGCCCAGUCUAAUUGUGCUCUUUGUACCAAAAUGUACAACAGCCUACCUGGAUUUUUUGAGGAGUAAUCAAUCUGAUAAUUCAGAAAUGAAGUAACAGUGAGCAGAAAGUUCCUGGUAGCAGUUCUUACUGUAAUAGAAGUGAUCAAUGACAAAUGUGAAUAUAUUUUUGAAUGACACUGAUAUUUCUAUACAACGCGGAUUUGCCUCAAUUAAAAAAGUAUAUUGGAAAAGGAUUUCUCUAACAUUUUCUAUUUAAAACAAAGAAAUCCAAUGCUCAGGUGCAACACAAUUUCUAAAGUAAGUACUGCAGCCUGUCAAAAAACUUGAAAGAUGUUGUAAGCAGUUUCCAGCAUCUGAACGUGAUUCAGUUCAGUGGUCAAGAAGUUCUUCCCUCAGAUCAAUGACCAACAGAUGGAUAGAAGUUUUCUGUUUGUCACCUUAAACUGUCGCCAGUUUCAUGUAACUAAAACUCCAUCAAAUAAAUCAUUUCCCAUUCACUGCUAUUUACAUGCAACUCCUGUGAACUGAAUUUUUCUUUUAUUUCACUCAUUUAGAAUUCCAGCACAUCAAACUUGGCCCCAUUUAUUUUCCUGACUAAAUCUUUUACCAGUAACUAAUCUGGACUCCAAUAGGCAUAGCCCUCUCCCAUUUACACCCAUUGUGUGAAUUAAAUCCAUUACCUUACAUUCUUUAAAUCGAUCACUUUGACUUCAGAACAACAUGGGAAUAUUGAACCUCAGCCAACAAAUAUUUCAGAUUAACACUGACAGUUCAUCCAAAUGUAAAAAAUAAUCGAAAAUACUCUUACCUUCAUAUUUUUUGAACAUUUCGGAAGUCGGCAACUAUCAAUAGUGAGAUGGUGCUCCCUUCUGCACAGAGCCAGUACCAAACAAUGUAUAAUAAUUUUUAAAAAUCUGUAUUCUUUUUGCCCCCGUUACUCACAUCUCCCUUGACAACAUGUUGUUGAAGCCUGCUAUGGUUAAUGCAGCUGUUAGGAGCUGUGCAACUGGUUAACCUCUGGGUGAUUUCACUCCCUUUCUGUGAAUAAAUUGUCCAGUAUUGACUUGAGAUCAACGCCUGAUGCCCCCAUGCAAGAAGUUGAAGUGGGAAAGUGGGGUAUAUUACAGACCUGAGUCCUAACACCAUGUACAGUAGAGUUUUGGUGGAAACUUGGAUUUCUGUUAUUGAAAUUACAAUUUAAAAGGUUGUUAACAUUUAUCAAUACAGCAUGUGAAACCUAACACACUCAAAAAAGUUAGUAAUACAGACAAAGAGCUACAUAUACACACACCUUCAUAGCAUGAACACUUCAAUAUACAAUAUUUAUAAAUUGUUCACCUGCGAAACUAAUUUAAGUAUUCAAGCUUAUCACGUUCCCUAUGCAUAUACAGAGUUUCCAAAGUGAAACAAAUUUCUGUAUUACAUUGCAGCUCUUAAUGAGCUGCCACUGUAAUCAUCAAAACAAUGACAACUUCCUUGUGACUUCUGUGCCUGAAAUGGACAACUUUUCUGCAAACAAUAAGAAAAAUGUUUCCCCAUUUCCUUUAAAGUCUUUGCUUCUUUUAUACAAUAACAGAUUGGAGUGCAAAGCAAAAGAUCAGAAUUUACUUUUGGGAUGGGAGUUGGCGAUCAAGUCCAAACUAUUUGUCACUCAUUAAAUUGGCUUAUAAUAGUAAGUACUGAAUUUAGAAAAACCAAAAUCAAAUUGUGUAAAGUCAAAACAUUCUUGCCACUUGAUUUUGGAGAUACACAUCCUUUUUGAAAAUGCUUUGAGUGGUUUGUUUCAUUUUGCAAUACUAUACAAGAUCAAUGUUAUGAGCACUCCACUACAACAUUGCACUAUUCCAGGGCAGACAUUCCAGCAGUAAGCACGCAUCAGCUAAUAAUGUUUGUUGAUCAAUGUCUUCUUGUACGUUACCUUGUUAUUCUAGUGUGCCCUUUAUUAUUCACAAUAAA